ACCUGUGUUCCAAGAGAACUCAAGGCAAUGGGUAGAAAUUCAGAAUAGCCAACUAACUUCUGAGGUGAAAUCUAUGAUAUUGAUCAGUGUAUAUUCCCCUCAAGAUAUAUUACUUGCUCUUGAAACCAACCAGCAGCUGCUUACUGCUUAGUACUACUUCAUCCACAGCCAAUCAUGGUCAACACAACGCAAGCCUGCUGCGCUAGCUUGAAUGAAAAACUGACGAAACUCAACGUGGAGGCAAAAUCAGAAUGCACAAUCUACAGAGUUCAUGAACAUUUACGGAACGUGAACCCCAAUGCUUACGAGCCCCAGGUGAUCGCUAUUGGUCCUUAUCACCACAACAAGGAUCAUCUAAAAAUGAUGGAAGAUCACAAGCUACGUUACUUCCAGCACCUCAUCAGAAGGAAACCUUCCAACAAUGUGCAAAGCUACGCAGCAUGUGUGGGCAGAUUGGAAGCCGAAGCAAGAAAAUGUUACGCAGAUGCGCCUACAAGCCUGAGCCCGAGCGAGUUCAUACAAAUGCUUGUACUAGAUGGAUGCUUCAUCGUUGAGUUAUUACUGAAGUGCUACCUGAGGGAGGAGAAUGAUCCCAUCUUCCAAAUGGACUGGAUGAUUAUUAGCGUGCAGCGCGAUUUAAUGCUCUUCGAGAAUCAACUCCCAUUCUUCGUCUUGUGCGAGCUGUUCGACAUGAUUGUGGCUCCCGGCCAGCAUAGUAGGUUGCCGUACCUUCUCGGGCAAUUCUUCCGCGGUCUGUAUCCUUGGAAAGGCUAUAAAGGACAAGCGAGCGUAGCUCCUCGUCCGGUGAAGCAUUUGCUUCACUUCAUCCAUUGUAAUUUGCCUCCCCGCGGCACGGAGAAAAAGGAUAAGGAUAAGGGGUCGCAGUUCAUGAAAAGUGCGACAAGGCUUGAAGAGGCUGAUGUCCAUCGUAGUUGGCUUCCCCCCGGCACGAGCACGGAGAAAAAGGAUAAGGAUAAGGGGUUGCAGUUCAUGGAAAGCGCGACAAGGCUUGAAGAGGCUAAUGUCCAUCUGCUUCCCCCCGGCACGGGCACGGCGGAACUGCUUAUGGCUUGCCCCCGGCUUGAAGAGGAGUUGCAGUUCAUGGAAAGCCCGACAAGGCUUGAAGAGGCUAAUGUCCAUCUGCUUCCCCCCGGCACGGGCACGGCGGAACUGCUUAUGGCUUGCCCCCGGCUUGAAGAGGAGUUGCAGUUCAUGGAAAGCCCGACAAGGCUUGAAGAGGCUAAUGUCCAUCUGCUUCCCCCCGGCACGGGCACGGCGGAACUGCUUAUGGCUUGCCCCCGGCUUGAAGAGGAGUUGCAGUUCAUGGAAAGCCCGACAAGGCUUGAAGAGGCUAAUGUCCAUCUGCUUCCCCCCGGCACGGGCACGGCGGAACUGCUUAUGGCUUGCCCCCGGCUUGAAGAGGAGUUGCAGUUCAUGGAAAGCCCGACAAGGCUUGAAGAGGCUAAUGUCCAUCUGCUUCCCCCCGGCACGGGCACGGCGGAACUGCUUAUGGCUUGCCCCCGGCUUGAAGAGGAGUUGCAGUUCAUGGAAAGCCCGACAAGGCUUGAAGAGGCUAAUGUCCAUCUGCUUCCCCCCGGCACGGGCACGGCGGAACUGCUUAUGGCUUGCCCCCGGCUUGAAGAGGGGUUGCAGUUCAUGGAAAGCCCGACAAGGCUUGAAGAGGCUAAUGUCCAUCUGCUUCCCCCCGGCACGGGCAGGGUUAUGGCUUGCCCCCGGCUUGAAGAGGGGUUGCAGUUCAUGGAAAGCCCGACAAGGCUUGAAGAGGCUAAUGUCCAUCUGCUUCCCCCCGGCACGGGCAGGGUUAUGGCUUGCCCCCGGCUUGAAGAGGGGUUGCAGUUCAUGGAAAGCCCGACAAGGCUUGAAGAGGCUAAUGUCCAUCGUAGUUGGCUUCACCCCGGCACGGGCACGGAGGAAAAGGAUAAGGAUAAGGGGUUGCAGUUCAAGAAAAGCGCGACAAGGCUUGAAGAGGCUAAUGUCAGGUUCAAGAUAUCCAAGCCAGAAGCUGCGUUGUUCGACGUGAAGUUCGAAAACGGGGUGAUGACCAUGGCGCCUCUGAGGGUCGAUGACAGGACCGAGUCGUUCCUCCGGAAUCUCAUCGCGUACGAGCACUACUUUGGGCACGAUGAGGGCAAUUUCGUGACGGAUUAUGUCUCGUUCCUGGACGACCUUGUUGAUUCCUCCAAGGAUGUGGAGAUACUGUCGCGCAACGAAAUCGUGGAGAACUGGUUGGGCGAUGUGGAAGCCGUGGCGAAGAUGGUGAACAAGCUGGCUGAUUCGAUUGUUGUGCCUAACACAAGCUAUGCGGAGAUGAUUGAGAAUGUGGAAAAGCAUUGCAGGAAAAGAAGGAAUAGGUGGAUGGCCACGUUGAGGCGUAAUUAUUUAAGUAGUCCUUGGCAUAUUUUCUCUCUAAUUGUUGGUGCAGUGCUGCUUCUGCUCACAAUCACGCAAACAGUGUGUAGCAUAUUACAGAUGGUUUGAAUUUGAAGAGCGACGCACCAUUUCUGCUGAUCCAUCACAUGUUAGAAGAGCCGUAUUUUGUCCCGACAAAUUUUGUUCAAAUAAUAAGGGAUACGGUGGGGUCCAAAAAUAAAAAUUUAAGAGUCGUGUACCACUUUUAAUUUGUCUAUUUUAUAAUUACUAGCAAGAAGAACGUGCGAUGCACGUUAAAUACGUAUGAUUUUUACUAUGUAAAUAAAAUUCAUAGAUAUUUUUAUAUAGUUUUGAAUAUUUGUAUUAA